AUGGGAGAGACGACGUCCAUAUGGAUCAAGAAAGAUGACAAUGAGUCUUCAGAUUCAUGGAGCGAGGAGGCUGAAAUGUCAGACACCACCUCUACGAGGAACGAGACAUUCGUGGGAAGGUGGAUGAGACUUAUCGUCGCUUUUCUAACUGUCCUCUCAAUCUUCAUGCUUACUGCAUUCAUUUUCUUCCAGCAAUCAUCAUUUAAACACCACCGAGACUCUCAUUCAGAACAUGUUCAGUCAACAAAGCCCCAGGCGACGCAGGCAUCAAGCAGCGUCGAAUACAACGAGGGUAUCCCGUCAAUACCCCAACUUCGCGACACAAAUGAGUACAUCUUAUCUCAAACAUGGGACUUUAACGCAUCUCCAACCACCAGAGAAUAUUCUUGGAUAAUAAAUCAAGCAACACUGAAUCCAGAUGGCGUUUACAGACCCAUGCUUCUCAUCAACAACCAAUUUCCAGGUCCAUUAGUAGAAUGCAAUGAAGGAGAUACUAUCAUUGUGCAUAUCAAGAACGAUGCUCCCAAUGCGACAGCGAUUCAUUUCCACGGCAUGUUCCAGAACGGGACAAAUGGUAUGGAUGGUACCGUUGGAGUCACGCAAUGUCCAAUUGCACCAAACUCGACAUUUACUUACAAAUUCGACGUGAGAGGGCAGCAUGGGACAUAUUGGUAUCAUGCGCAUCACAGCGCGCAAGCAUCCGAUGGUUUACUUGGGCCAAUGGUUGUCCACUCGAAAAAGGAACACGACCUUCAGAAAAUAGACUAUGCGACGGAUCGAGUUGUCAUGCUGCAGGAUCACUACCACAACUUGACUUCUGAGCUACUGAUGGAGUACCUUGCUCCUGACCAAGAGAACAAUGAACCUGUUCCGGACAACGGUCUUAUCAACGGACGGGGUAUUCGCGACUGUUCGGACUUUCAAGGCUGGGAUUGCAACAGCACUGACCGAGAGAUGCCGAACAUUAAUCUGGAGGCUGGUCAACGACACAGACUUCGCAUCAUAAACGUGGGCGCAUUUGCCGAGUUUCAAGUACAAUUCGACGAGCAUCCAUUCUACGUUACCGAAGUCGACGGCACGGAUGUACAUCCUGAAUCGGUCCAUCGACUCAACAUUCUUCCUGCGCAACGGUAUAGCGUCAUCUUGGAAACGAAUGUCACCACAGGGUCUGCCUUUUGGAUGAGAGCGCGAAUGGUGACGCACUGUUUCAAGAAUGAGAACGAACGAUUAGAGUCCGAAGCGAAAGCAAUCAUCCGAUAUGAAGGACAUAACAAAACGUCUUCAUAUGAGAAGCCGACUAGCAAGGAAUGGCCGGAUGCCAUCGAAGUUAUCUGUCGCGACCUAAAUACAAGUUCCCUCCGACCAGUCGAAGUUAUCUCACCACCCCCAGCAGACAAAGUCAUCAUUUUGCGGGCAAACUUUGAGAUUGGCGAUUGGCGCUUGGCUAGAGGUUUCUUCAACGAGUCGACGUGGCAUCCGAACAUUACUAACCCAUCGCUACAUCGCUUCCUGGAUCAUGGUGUUCAAAGCACAUCUAAAAAGACACCAAUCGCAAUCAACGAACACCUGUUUGAUCGUAACAAGGAGCUUGUUCUGGAAACAACAGGCAUUCAAACAAUCGACAUUUCUAUCAACAACUUCGACGACGGUGCGCAUCCCUUCCAUCUCCACGGUCACAAAUUCUUUGUUCUUUUGCAAGGGAGAGAUGGCUACCCGCCCAGUCCUGCCGAACUUCCAGGGUACCUUGAAAAGCACAAUCUUUUGGAGAACCCUCUGAGACGAGAUGUAGUGACGGUAGAGGGAUAUGCUUGGGCUGUUAUUCGGGUCGUGCUAGAUAACCCUGGUCUUUGGGCUUUUCAUUGUCAUAAUACAUGGCAUGCUGAGUCUGGAAUGGUAAUGCAGAUGUUGGUGAGGCCGGAGGUUAUGAAGGAUUGGAAACUUGCUUCUCAAGAGAAGGAUAUGUGUUUGAGGGAAGGUGUCAUGUCUGGGAUGAGACCUGAUGAUAGUUUAUGGUUUGGGCAGUUUAAGCAAUAG